GAUGACACUUGAAAUAUGGGAAGAAGACGCGCCGCGUCCCCGCCAACAGAGCGAAGACUUUAGUCCCGGAGGAUGACACCACCUGGACGACACCUGGACACGACGAGGACGAGCGCCGGCCGCCUGUAGCCCCAACCCCGGGACCGAAAACCACACCAUAGUGCGGCUGCCUGAGGUCGUCGACCCCCCAAGUCCCAAAACAAGAAGACUUGUUCGUGGACUAUGACGUCAGAGAAGACCAAAGUGGAGGACGAGGCGGUCUUGGACCGAGGAGCGUCGUUCGUCAAACACAUCUGCGAUGAAGAGGAAGUGGAAGGUCACCACACGGUCUACAUCGGCGUGCACGUCCCCAAGAGCUACCACCGCAGGAGACAUCACAGACGCAAGUCGGGCCACAAGGAGCGGCGCGAGCGCCAUGAGCAUGGCGCCGAGGGCUACAAGUUGGACUGUGAGAGCGUGGACGAGACCACCGCCAGCGUGCUCAAACCCCUGAUUUCCCCGGCGGAGAGGAUCCGCUUCAUCCUGGGCGAGGAAGAUGACGGCCCCCCACCGCCUCAGCUCUUCACCGAGCUGGACGAGCUGCUGUCGGUCAACGGGCAGGAGAUGGAGUGGAAGGAGACCGCCAGGUGGAUCAAGUUCGAGGAGAAGGUGGAGAAGGGCGGCGAGCGCUGGAGCAAACCCCACGUGGCCACGCUGUCCCUGCACAGCCUGAUGGAGCUGAAGACCUGCAUCGAGAAGGGCACCAUCAUGCUGGACCUGGAGGCCUCCACGCUGCCGCAGGUCGUCGAGAUGGUGACGGACAGCCAGAUCGAGAGCGGCCAGCUGAAGGCGGAGCUAAAGGAGAAGGUCAUGUACACGCUGCUCCGCAAACAUCGCCACCAGACCAAGAAGUCCAACCUGCGCUCGCUGGCCGACAUCGGCAAGAGCGUCUCCAGUGCGAGCAGGCUCUUCUCCAGCCAGGAGAACGCACGAAACUUCACUGAGCCCCCGGUGCCUUGCACAUCCCCACACGAACCCCCAGAAGACCCCUUUGAGGUCCUGAGGAGCUCCAGCAUGGGAUACCUCUGUAGUCCCACCACGGCCCACCGGAACCUCACCUCCAACAGCCUGGGCGACUUCUCUGACAAACCGGAGAAGGAUCAGCUGAAGAACAAGUUCAUGAAGAAGCUCCCCCGCGAUGCCGAGGCGUCCAACGUGCUGGUCGGCGAGGUGGACUUCCUAGAGACUCCCUUUGUGGCGUUUGUUCGCCUGCAGAACGCCGUCAUGCUGGGGGCGCUCACCGAGGUCCCGGUCCCCACAAGGUUCCUCUUCGUGCUCCUGGGUCCAAAGGGGAAAGCCAAGUCCUACCAUGAGAUUGGGAGAUCUAUCGCCACCCUGAUGUCUGACGAGGUGUUCCACGAUAUCGCCUACAAAGCCAAGCACAGGCAGGACCUGCUGGCUGGGAUCGAGGAGUUCCUGGACGAGGUCAUCGUCCUGCCCCCCGGAGAGUGGGACCCCGACAUCAGGAUAGAGCCGCCCAAGUCGCUGCCUUCCUCCGAUAAGAGAAAGAACCAAUAUGCUGGCUUGGAGCCCCCGCCGAUGAACGGCGACGCCCCCCAUGAUGCAGGUCACGGCGGGGGAGGAGGUCACCAGAUUGGCGAGGAGCUCCAAUGCACCAGAAAGUUUUGCGGCGGUCUCAUCCUGGACGUCAAGCGCAAGUUGCCGUUCUUCGCCAGCGACUUCUACGACGCGCUGCACAUCCAGUCGCUGUCCACCAUCUUGUUCAUCUACCUGGGCACCGUCACCAACGCCAUCACCUUCGGCGGCCUGCUGGGCGACGCCACGGAAAACAUGCAGGGCGUGUUGGAGAGCUUCCUGGGCACGGCGCUGACCGGGGCGGUCUUCUGUUUGCUGGCAGGGCAGCCCCUCACCAUCCUCAGCAGCACGGGUCCGGUUCUGGUGUUCGAGAGGCUCCUCUUCAACUUUAGCAAAGACAACAACUUCGACUACCUGGAGUUCCGGCUGUGGAUCGGUCUGUGGUCGGCGGCGUUCUGCCUGGUCCUGGUGGCGACCGACGCCAGCUUCCUGGUGCAGUACUUCACCCGCUUCACCGAGGAGGGCUUUUCGGCGCUCAUCAGCUUCAUCUUCAUCUACGACGCCUUCAAGAAGAUGAUCAAGCUGGCGCACCACAACCCCAUCAACGCGCACUUUGAGGCCGACCUCAUCACGCAGUACGACUGCCGCUGCGAGCCCGGCAACUUCUCCGAUCUCUUUGACGUCGCCGCCCGGACGAACCAUUCCGAUCUGUCGGAGAACGCCACCUGGGCGUCGCUGGGCCGCCGGCAGUGUGCGACGUACGGCGGGCGCCUGGUGGGCGAGGCCUGCGGCUAUGUGCCUGACAUCACCCUCAUGUCCUUCAUCUUGUUCUUCGGCACCUACACCUGCUCCAUGGCGCUCAAGAAGUUCAAGACGAGUCGCUUCUUCCCCACCAAGGUGCGGAAGCUCAUCAGCGACUUUGCCAUCAUCUUGGCCAUCCUCCUCUUCUGCGGCGUGGACGCUCUGGUGGGCGUGGACACCCCAAAGCUCAUAGUGCCAAGCGAAUUCAAGCCUACCAGUCCAGCCAGGGGCUGGUUUGUACCCCCAUUCGGGGGCAACCCGUGGUGGGUGUACCUGGCCGCCGCCCUGCCCGCCCUGCUAGUCACCAUCCUGAUAUUCAUGGAUCAGCAGAUCACGGCGGUCAUCGUCAACCGGAAGGAGCACAAACUGAAGAAAGGGGCGGGCUACCACUUGGACCUGUUCUGGGUGGCCAUCCUCAUGAUUGUGUGCUCCUUCAUGGGCCUGCCGUGGUACGUGGCCGCCACCGUCAUCUCCAUCGCCCACAUCGACUCCCUCAAGAUGGAGACCGAGACGUCGGCGCCCGGCGAGCAGCCCAAAUUCUUAGGCGUCAGGGAACAAAGAGUGACGGGCAUCAUUGUUUUCGUCCUAACCGGACUCUCCGUGUUAAUGGCCCCCGUCCUCAAGUUCAUUCCCAUGCCCGUGCUCUAUGGCGUCUUCCUCUACAUGGGCGUGGCCUCGCUCAAUGGCGUCCAGUUCAUGGACCGCCUGCAGCUCCUCUUGAUGCCCGCCAAGCACCAGCCGGACCUGAUUUACCUGCGCCACGUCCCCCAGAGACGCAUCCACCUCUUCACCUUCAUCCAGGGCCUGUGUCUGGCUCUGCUGUGGGUGCCUCAAGUCCACCGUGGCCGCCAUCAUCCUUCCCGUCAUGGUGAGCGCGGCGCAGCGUCCGCUCGCCAACGCAUGUGGCCGCCCUAAGCCGCCGUUUUGUGCCGCCCCUUUCCAGAUCCUGGCGCUGGUGGCCGUCCGCAAGGCCAUGGACUACCUUUUCUCCAGCACGACCUCGGCUACCUGGACGACGUCAUCCCAGAGAAGGACAAGAAGAAGAAGGAGGACGAGAAGAAGAAGAAGCACAAGAAGAAGGGCAGCAUCGACUCUGAGAACGACUUUUCCGACUAUCCUUACCAUGAAAAUGUGCCCAGUAUAAAAAUCUCUAUGGAUUUGAUGGAGCAGGAGCCCAUGUUGGUGAAAAAGCUUUAAAUAGAACUGAAUCGCAGACUUUCCUUGGCGCCCAUUCGCCGUGCUGAGCACCGCUUGGAGUCGUCCACGGUGGCCGAGUACCCUUGAGAAAGGUUCCUACCUGAAAGGUUCCCCUCAGGUCCGGAUAGACGGCGACACCGAGGACAAUUGCUUCUUCUGGAAGAAAGCGUCCGAAACUGACCUGUGAAAGUUUGAAGAGCAACUUAAAUAUUUUCUAUUUUUAUUUGAUACAAUUUCCUUAGAGGUAUUUUUAAAAUCACAAUGGCUGGAACGACUUUUUUGUUUUGUUGUCUGAUGAAGCCUCGCAUAUUUUGUGAGGCAGCACAUUAUUAAUAUUGUGCUAAUUUAUUUAGCAUUCAGCUGAUUAUCGUCAGAUGCAUUUGAGGAAGCAACAGAUGUCUUAUUGUUUUUUGUUUUUUUUUCUUCCCCCCCUAAACAAUGCAAUCAACCAUUUUUUUUAACUCAAAAUUAUAUUUAAUCGUCUUGUUUGCAUAUUUAUUUUAUUGCUAAUUUCGUCUUUAAUUGUAGUCCGCAUGGUCUCAAAGGGUCUUGCCCUUUUUUUAGGGCGCCCUUCAUGUAUCGUAAUUAUUAUUUUCUUAAAUGUAGUUCUACCUCUCAUUUCUCAGUAGGUGCCAGACAUUUAUAUAUUUUAAAAACAUCAGAUGUGCAAUUAUAUUUCUGACCAAAACAUAGAUUUUUUUUCUACCCAAAAUAGCACUAUGCAAAAUCUAAAAUGUUUUCUUGUAGAUAUAUAUAAUUUUGUUAUAUAUAUGUAUAUUAUUCUAUAUAUAUGUAUAUUAUUCUAUAUAUAUAUACAUAUGUAUGUGUAUAUGUGUGUAUUUAUAUGUAUAUGCAUAUAUAUGUAUGUGUGUAUAUAUGUAUACAAAUGUAUAUGCAUAUAUAUAUGUGUAUAUCUAUCCAUCCAUUUUCUACCGCUUGUUCCUUACGGGGUCGCGGAGGUUCUGGAGCCUAUCCCAGCU